UAGUCGAAUUUUCUGACUUUUCUUCCCCUCCACCCUCCUUUCCUUCACGAGAAAAAGCAGUAAACACAGGCUGUAAGCACGGCUCCGCCUGGAUCUCAGAGGCUGGAAACUCCUCCCCGAAUCACAUGUGAGGCGAGGAAAAAGGUUCAGGGUCUGCAAUGUGCCUUCGCUUCAUGACAGCUAAUAGUUUUAUUUCAUAAAGUGGUGAACGGCUUCUGAAUGGAUGCCUGUGCUUCCAGCAGAUAGAUUGAGGGUCGUUCACAGGUUCAACCAAGCAGCACGAUGGUGGACUGGGACUAUGACUAUCUGAUCAAGCUCCUGGCGCUCGGCGACUCGGGCGUGGGAAAGACCACCUUCCUCUACAGGUACACGGACAGCAAGUUCAACAGGAAGUUCACGACCACGGUGGGAAUUGACUUCAGGGAAAAGAGAGUGGUUUACACGGGGACCGGUGCUGAUGGGACGAGUGAGAGGAACUUCAGAGUCCACCUCCAGCUCUGGGACACAGCGGGUCAGGAGAGGUUUCGCAGCCUCACAACUGCUUUCUUCCGAGAUGCAAUGGGCUUCCUGUUGAUGUUCGACUUGACCAAUCAGCAAAGUUUUGUUAACGUCAGGAACUGGAUGAGUCAGCUUCAGGCCAAUGCGUACUGCGAUAACCCAGAUGUGGUGCUGGUGGGCACUAAGGCAGACAUCAGAGACACGAGGAACGUUAACGCCAAACUGGCCAGAGAGAUGGCUGACAGAUACGGCAUCCCCUACUUUGAGACGAGUGCUGUGUCGGGAGUGAAUGUGGACGCCGCUGUGCUCACCCUGCUGAACCUGGUGAUGAAGAGGAUGGAGCAGAGCACGUAUGGGGCCCCUGGCUCUGAACCCAAUGGGAGCCCCACCACCAGCCAUGAGGUGGAGGAGGCCCCCAUCAGGAGGUGGUGCUCCUGUUAAUGUUCCCAGCAGCAGCAGCAACGGCGAAGGAGAAACAGACUUUAAAAAGUGGUGUAUAGACAAAGACUUAUUGGAAUUUCCUAUAUUUCGUUUGGUUUCUCUUGUUGUGUUAAGAACAGAAUAAACUACUUUUGUCAGUUUC